CUCCAAAUUUGACUCUCUUGUAUUUUGCCAAAAGACCAUAAAAAGUAAGAAGUGAAGUAGAUCACAUUAAAUUUUCAAUGCAUUGAAAAUUCUGAAGAAGGACACACUGUUCAGAAAAGGAGUGCUUUGGAUUUUCUUCCUGUUUCUCUCCAACCAAACACUAAUUGAGGUGAUUCCAAGGCUUGCACCACCAUGUUAGACUAUGUUAAAAAACAAUUCGAGAAUGCAAAGAGGUCGAUAUGGGCUGUAGCUGCAGUGGCAAUUGCCUUGGGAGUGAUUCUCUUGGCUCUCGUGUGCCUCAUCAUUUGCUAUCUAAGGAGACGGCAAAAGAGGAAGCAAAGACAACAAGGACAGGACAAGAAAAAGAAACAGAACAGCAGAGAUCAAGUAGAAAUAACGAUACACAACGGAUCUAUGGAAGCAAUUGAGCUUGAGCUUGAAAAUGGAGGGAACAAUGACCAUGAUCUAAAAGCAUGGAGCUUUAAAUGUAUCAUGUCUGCUACGGAUGGCUUUUCGUCAAGAAAUAAGCUGGGGGAAGGCGGUUUUGGACCUGUUUUUAAGGGAGAAUUUCCUGGGGGGCAGGAAGUAGCAGUAAAGCGACUUUCGACAAGCUCUGGACAGGGAUUAGUAGAGUUCAAAAAUGAGCUCAUACUCAUAGCCAAACUCCAACACACGAAUCUUGUCCGCCUUCUAGGCUAUUGCAUUCAAGGAGAUGAGAAAAUGUUGAUCUAUGAGUACAUGCCUAAUAAAAGUUUGGACUACUUUCUCUUUGAUCCAAGAAAGAAAGGGCAAUUAACUUGGGAGAGACGCUUUAACAUCAUUGAAGGGAUUGCUCAAGGACUACUCUAUCUUCACAAAUAUUCAAGAUUGAGAAUAAUCCACAGAGAUCUAAAAGCUAGUAACGUAUUGUUGGACGAGAACAUGAACCCCAAAAUUUCUGAUUUUGGCAUGGCAAGAAUUUUCAAGCAGAAUGAUUUAGUGGCAAACACAAAAAGAGUCGUUGGAACAUAUGGUUACAUGCCUCCUGAGUAUGCCAUGGAGGGCAUCUUCUCCAUUAAAUCCGAUGUCUUCAGUUUUGGAGUUUUAAUGCUUGAAACCAUUACUGGUCGGAAAAACAGUAGCUUUUAUCAUGCUGAUUGCGUACAAAACCUAGUAGGAUAUGCAUGGGAACUGUGGAAGAAAGAUGCUGCGCUAGAACUAAUGGAUCCAACAUUGAGAAAUUCAUGUAUAGAACAGCAAUUGCUAAGAUGCAUUCACGUGGGACUCUUAUGUGUAGAAGAUCGUGCAAUCGACAGACCAACCAUUUCAGAUGUUAUUUCAAUGUUAACAAAUGACAGUAUGACAUUGCCUCUGCCAAGGAAACCGGCAUUUAUCUUUGGAAGCAGUGUGGUUGAGGAAGAAUCAGAAGAAAGAAAGUCUGAAAACUAUACAGUAAAUGGGAUGUCCAUUACAGCUAUAGAUGGAAGAUAUACAGGGGUUCAUAUGCAGCAUGGCAAGGAAACCCCACCUAACCCAAAGGUUGAGAAUUCAACUCUCCAAACCAAGCUGCAAGGAAAGAUACAACGUGAUUCUAAGACUUGCACCACCAUGUUAGACAGUAUUAAAACACACUUCGAGAAUCCUAAGAAGUGGAUAUGGAUUGUAACUGCAGUUGCUUUUGGCUUGGUAGUGAUUCUCUUGGCUUUAUUGUACAUCAUGUGCUAUCUAAGGAGGAGGCAAAAGAGGAAUCAAAGACAAGAAGGGAAGGAUGAGAAAAAGAAAAAGAAAGAGGAAGAGAAAGAGAAAGAGAGAGAGAAAGAUGAAGCAAAAAUAACGAUAAGCAAUGAAUAUAUAGAAGCAAUUGAGGUCGAGCUUGAAAAUGAAGGAAACAGUGGCCGUGAUCUAAAAGCAUUGAGUUUUGCAAGUAUCAUGUCGGCUACAGAUGGAUUUGCGCUAAGAAAUAAGCUUGGGGAAGGAGGUUUUGGACCUGUUUUCAAGGGAAAAUUGCCUGGGGGGCAGGAAGUAGCAGUCAAGCGACUUUCGACAAGUUCUGGACAGGGAUUAAUAGAGUUCAAAAAUGAGCUCACAGUCAUAGCCAAACUCCAACACACGAAUCUUGUCCGUCUUCUAGGCUAUUGCAUUCAAGGAGAUGAGAAAAUGUUGAUCUAUGAGUACAUGCCAAAUAAAAGUUUGGACUACUUUCUCUUUGAUCCAAGAAAGGGAGGGCAAUUAACUUGGGAGAGACGCUUUAACAUCAUUGAAGGGAUUGCUCAAGGAAUACUUUAUCUUCACAAAUAUUCAAGAUUGAGGAUUAUCCAUAGAGAUUUAAAAGCGAGUAAUAUAUUGUUGGAUGAGAACAUGAACCCCAAAAUUUCGGAUUUUGGUUUGGCAAGAAUUUUCAAGCAGAAUGAGUCAGUGGCAAAUACAAAAAGAGUGGUUGGAACAUAUGGUUAUAUGCCUCCCGAGUACGCCAUGGAGGGCAUCUUCUCCACUAAAUCCGAUGUCUUCAGUUUUGGAGUCUUAAUGCUUGAAACCAUUAGCGGUCGGAAAAACAACAGCUUUCAUUACGAUGAUUGUGCACAAAGCCUAGUAGAAUAUGCAUGGGAUAUGUGGAAGAAAGGUGCUGCACUGGAGCUAAUGGAUCCAACACUGAGCAAGUGUUGGAGUAUAAAACACCAAUUGCUAAGAUGCAUUCAUGUGGGUCUCUUGUGUGUAGAAGAUCGUGCAGUCGAUAGACCAACCAUGUCAGAUGUUAUUUCAAUGUUAAAAAAUGACGUUAUGACACUGCCUCUGCCAAUGAAACCGGCAUUUAUAAUUGGACGCAGUGUGGUUGAGGAAGAAACAGAAGAAAGCAAAUCAGAAAACUAUUCAGUAAAUGGGUUGUCCAUUUCAACUAUAGAUGGAAGAUAGCGGUAUGGGUUUUCACAGCCCAACUUUUUCCACAGUAAGAAAUCACUCAUGGUUGAGGUAGAUUAGGAUAAGGGCAACAGCUUAAUCCAAUUCUAUAACAUCUACAUAAACAGAGUAUCAACAUUCAUAAAUAUAUAUAUAUAUAUAUAUAUAUAUAUACAUAUAUAUAGUUUUUUUUAAGCAAAUUUAAAUUGUCGACGACAUUCAUAUUUAUUGUCACGAGAAGAAUACAUUUUU